AUGAAUAAACACAUAUUCCGUGUAAAAGGUAUGGAUCGCCGCCGUAAGAAAAGAGCUGUUGUUGUAAUAAUAAUAGCUGUGACUGCUGCGAGUUUAAAAAAUCGUUGUAAAAGGAAACGGUGGACUAAAGAGUGGUUGCUGAAAACAGAUCAGUAUACACAUUUGAAGUUGUUGACUGAAAUACGAGACACAAAAGAAGAGGAAGACUAUGCAAAUUAUUUUCGAAUGCAAGAUGCCUGCUUUGAUCACUUGUUGGAAAUGGUUAAGCCAUAUUUGACAAAACAAGAUACGAUUAUGCGAAACGCAAUAAGUGCGGAAGAAAAAUUGGCUGUAACUUUACGGUACCUUGCUACUGGAAGGAACAUUCAGGAUUUAAAAUUAUCGGUUAUAAUGUCGCCAGCUGCUAUUAGUCAGGCGAUAAUGGACACAUGUCAAGCACUGCUUUAUGCUCAAUUAAAAGAGUAG